CAAAAUCUUACAAACGCGGUCAUACUCACUGGCACUGCACACACUUUCAAGUUCCAUCUUCAGAUGUGAAUAGCUGCUUCGAAAGGAGGCAUUCUGAAUCGCACCCUUCAUUUGCGGAUCCAUGAAUUGAAUCGAGAAAUCCCCAAUGGCAGGCGAUUUUCUCCGAACACCCCUCACUCUCAAGAUCGCCGCUUUCUCUCUCAUUGCCGUCACAUUCUUCUACUUCGGCAAGCACUGGUCCGAUGGCUACCAGCAGCUCGUGUUCUUCACCACCCAACGCUCCGACCCGGAUCCAAGUCCCAACCCUAACCCUAAUUCCGUCGUGUCCACGUCACCCAAUUACGGCAAAUCCUUCAACCUCUCCGCUUUGAUCGAUCAGAACACCACCCAGCUGGAAAAUGCGCUGCCGGUGCCGGCGCCGCCAGCAGACUCGGACUUAAUUGAGAAACUGGGAGUUGUGAGUGAGAAUGGCACUAUGUCCGAUGACUUUGAGGUGGGGGCUUUGGAUCCGGGCAUGGUGGAGCAAUGGGUGAACGAGACGCAGGUUGAGGGCGAGGGUUCUUCUUCUUCUAAUUUGGGAUUUGCGAUUAAGAAGUUUGGGUUGUGCCCGCCCGAGAUGCGCGAGUAUAUACCGUGUUUGGACAACGAGGACGCGAUUCGGAAGCUGCAAUCGACGGAGAAAGGGGAGAGGUUCGAGCGGCAUUGCCCUGAGGAAGGUCAAGGGUUGAAUUGCUUGGUUCCUGCACCCAGAGGGUACCGAACCCCAAUUCCGUGGCCCAGAAGCCGAGAUGAGGUAUGGUACAAUAAUGUUCCUCAUACACGUCUUGUUGAAGAUAAAGGUGGCCAAAACUGGAUUUCCAGAGACAAUGAUAAGUUUAAGUUCCCGGGAGGAGGUACGCAGUUUAUACACGGGGCAAAUGAAUACUUGGACCAUAUUGCUAAGAUGAUUCCUGAUAUUACAUUUGGUAAGCAUAUAAGGGUUGUUCUUGAUGUUGGCUGUGGAGUUGCUAGUUUUGGUGCGUACUUACUGUCACGGAAUGUGGUUGCCAUGUCUGUUGCUCCCAAGGAUGUUCAUGAGAAUCAGAUUCAGUUUGCUCUUGAGCGAGGUGUACCAGCAAUGGCUGCAGCAUUUGCGACUAGACGAUUGUUAUAUCCAAGUCAAGCUUUUGACUUGAUACAUUGUUCACGCUGUAGAAUUAAUUGGACUCGAGAUGAUGGGAUACUGCUGCUUGAAGUCAAUAGGAUGCUCAGAGCAGGAGGGUACUUUGUCUGGGCUGCCCAGCCAGUUUAUAAGCAUGAAGAAGUUUUAGAAGAACAAUGGGAAGAGAUGCUUAAUCUCACCACUCGACUCUGCUGGAAGUUUUUGAAAAAAGAUGGAUACAUUGCAAUAUGGCAAAAACCUACUGACAAUAUUUGCUAUCUAGACCGUGAGGCAGGAACUAAACCUCCACUUUGUGACCCAAGUGAUGACCCAGACAAUGUUUGGUAUGUUGAUCUAAAAGCAUGCAUCUCUGAAUUGCCUAAAAACGGAUAUGGAGCAAAUCUUCCUGAAUGGCCUGCACGUUUGCAAGCCCCACCAGAUAGGCUUCAGAGCAUAAAGCUAGAUGCUUUCUCAUCCAGAAAUGAGCUUUUUAGGGCAGAAUCUAAAUACUGGAAUGACAUAAUAGCAACCUAUGUUCGUGCUUUACGCUGGAAGAAAAUGAGAUUAAGAAAUGUUAUGGACAUGCGAGCAGGUUUUGGAGGAUUUGCAGCAGCAUUGAUCGAUCACAAUCUUGACUGCUGGGUUAUGAAUGUCGUUCCUGUUAGUGGUCCAAACACCUUGCCUGUUAUUUAUGACCGUGGAUUGAUUGGAGUUAUGCAUGACUGGUGUGAGGCAUUUGACACCUACCCAAGAACCUAUGAUUUACUGCAUGCAGCAAACCUACUUUCCGUUGAGAGGAAAAGAUGCAAUGUCUCAACCAUUAUGCUUGAGAUGGAUCGGAUACUAAGACCCGGUGGACGUGUAUACAUCCGUGAUUCUCUUGAAAUCAUGGAUGAACUUCAAGAGGUUGCCAAGGCAAUAGGCUGGCACACGAUGUUGCGAGACACAGAGGAGGGGCCUCAUGCAAGUUAUAGGGUGUUGGUUUGUGAUAAGCACUUGCUACGUUCUUGAGGCUGAAUGGGCUAUAUCACAUGAGUUUUUGUUUGACCGUGCAAGUGGAAGUCUACAUAACUGUCAUUUGAGAAGUGCUGGAAAAGGCAAGUGAAAGUACUAGUUUACUAUACUAGGCAUUUGAGAAGUGCAGGAAGAUGCAAGUGCACUUCCUUACUAACGUCAAGAGGUGGUCAGCAUUUAUUCAUUGAUGCUACUAUUCAUGAGAUCCCUAUAGCUGGAUAGAUCACGUGCAUCAUCUAACUUAUUUGUAAAAUUCAAUUUAUUUGUAUAUUUCUAAAGCUCCACGUGGCUCGAAUAUUUUUCCAGUUCCCAUGAAUGUAAGCACAUUCACUGUUGAUCUUCAUAAAUAUAUUUGCCGGUUUGUAUCUCUCA